CAGAAGCCCACAAGGGAAAAUGAGGAAGGAAAGCCAGUAUAAGAAAGCAGAAGCUUUACUUCACAGGCUAUUCGCGGGUUAAGCUAAUGACUGUCACAAUACAUACAGCCGAGUAUCUUCCCAAACAAAGCGGAUGCUCGAGACAGCCAAUGCCACUGCGAUGCAGGGCUUCAACAAGUCUGAGCGGUGCCCCAGAGAUACUCGGAUGACACAGCUGGUGUUCCCGGUCCUCUAUACUGUGGUGUUCUUCACUGGCCUCCUGCUGAACACCGUGGCCCUCUGGGUGUUCGUCCACAUCCCCAGCAGUUCUACAUUCAUCGUCUACCUCAAAAACACUCUGGUGGCAGACCUGAUAAUGACACUAAUGCUUCCUUUCAAAAUUCUUUCUGACUCACACCUUGGACCCUGGCAACUCAGAGGCUUUGUGUGCAAUUUCUCUUCUGUGAUCUUUUAUGAGACCAUGUAUGUGGGGAUCAUCAUGCUGGGCCUCAUCGCCUUUGACAGAUUCCUCAAGAUCAUCAGGCCUUUCAGGAAAUGUUUUGCAAAGAGAACUGCUUUUGCAAAAUUAGUCUCCAUUCUCGUCUGGCUCCUGAUGUUCUUCAUCUCUCUGCCAAACAUGCUCUUGAACAACAAGGAGGCGACGCCAUCAUCCGUGAAGAAGUGCGCGUCCUUGAAGAGUCCUCUGGGGCUGGUGUGGCAUCAGAUAGUCAAUCACGCAUGCCAGCUCAUCUUCUGGACUGUGUUGAUUCUGAUGCUUCUGUUUUAUGUGGUGAUUACCAAAAAAGUAUACAACUCCUACAGAAAGUUCACCGGUAAGGAGGACAGACACAAAAGGGUGGAGAUGAAGGUAUUUGUUGUCAUAGCCGUGUUCUUCGUCUGCUUUGCCCCAUUCCAUUUCGUCAGAGUUCCAUACACCUACAGUCAAACUAGUAAGACUGACUGCCGGCUAGCCAACCAACUGUUUGUUGCUAAGGAAACAGCUCUCUUUUUGGCAGCAACGAACAUUUGCAUGGAUCCACUAAUAUACAUACUCUUAUGUAAAAAGUUCACAGAAAGGGCACCGUGUAUGAGGGGAAGAAGGAUGGCAGUAUCAAGCCAGGAGCAACCCAGCAGUCAUACAGACAACAUCAUCCUAGCCUGACAAUGUUCUCCCCCACAUGGUAAUUCUACUCCUGGCUUUGCUUCUAUUUAAGGAUGGGACUUAAAAAGAUCAUUUACUUAAAGACUUCAUUUAAGCAUUAUAGGAAAAGUUGGGGGGGGGGACAAACAUCUUACAUUUGAUUAUCCUAGAAUCUGGAAAAGAUUAUGCACAUUUUAACCACACAGAUAGAUUUAUGGACAGAUUGAAUUAACAUUAAGAGGAUGUUUAUGAAAGCAAAUGGCCACUAGAUGUCAUCUUGUGAAGAGCAUUCAGGGACUAUGGAAAAGAUUAAUGGGUAAUAGGUAUGUCUAAAAAAAUCUUCCCUUCUAGUGACUAUCCCACAUUCUCUCACACACAUCCUUCCCAAAAUAUCAUGGUAACUUU